AUGGCGGCGCCUGACUCUGGUCACAACUCAAGCCGUAUAUUUCAUGUCAGGGAUCGUAUUUCGGGCUCGGAUUUUCUAAUCGAUACUGAAGCCGAAAUAAGCAUACUCCCACUUCAUCUAUCCCGACGACGGCACUCCCAACACGCUAAAUUAUCAUUAGUGGCAGCAAACAAUUCUAUUAUUAAAACGUAUGGCGAGCAAUCACUCAUCUUAGACAUCGGUCUCCGUAGACGUUUUACAUGGGUUUUCAUCGUAGCUGAAGUUAAACAACCCAUCCUUGGAGCUGAUUUUCUUAGUAACUACAAUCUCCUUGUCGACAUGAGAAAAAAGAAACUUAUCGACGUGAAUACAAGUCUACAGGUCAACGGAACAAUCACCUGCAAUUAUGAAACUUAUGGUGUCCGAUUGCUUAGACCUGAUAGUCAAACUUUUGCCGAUCUUCUAUCGAAGUAUGAAUGUAUAACAAAAGCCGAUUAUCAAACUGAAAACUCCACACACCAUGUUCAACAUACUAUCACUACAACUGGUCCACCUAUCUGCGCCAAGGCGAGGAGACUACCACCCAAUAAGUUGCAGUCCGCUAAAAGAGAAUUUGAACAUAUGAUGCAACUAGGGAUAAUCCGACAGUCUAAUAGCCCUUGGGCCUCGCCACUGCACAUGGUUCCCAAAAAAGAUCAAGAUUGGCGCCCUUGUGGAGAUUAUAGGCGUCUGAAUAAUCAGACAUUUCCAGACAGAUACCCUAUUCCUCAUCUACAUGAUUUUUCACUAAACCUGCACUGUAAACUGAUCUUUUCAAAACUAGACUUAGUUAGAGCUUAUCAUCAGAUCCCAGUGGCACCUGAGGAUAUUGAAAAAACAGCU